UUUCUUCUACACCCAUCUCUCUCUCUCUCUCUCUCUCUCUCUCUCCAAACCAGCUAGACCAAUGGGCUAUGGUAGGCUCGGCAAAACCGAGCCUGCGUCCUCACAAUCCGAACCUCUCCCCGACCCCCAGGAUGAUGCCACAUCGCGCCCCAAUUCCCCCAGGCUCAGGCUGCUUUUCAUCUUCUCCCUUGUGUUUAUAGUGGCUUCCGCUGUCUCCGUGGGUAUCCUUUUCGGGAUCCGACCAGGCUCCCGCUCCGGAUCCGCAUCCCACCGGAGGCCCACCGCCGCGAUAUCCCGGACCUGCAGCAAGACUCGGUAUCCGGACCUUUGUGUCAACUCGCUGGUCGACUUCCCCGGCGCCCUCUCCGCCAGCGAGCAGGACCUAGUCCACAUUUCGGUCAACGUCACACUGCAGCGCUUCGGCCGGGCGCUGUACUCCAGUACGGAGAUCAACAACGUUGCCAUGGACGGGCACGUGCGGUCGGCGUACGAGGACUGCAUCGAGCUGCUGGAGGACUCGGUCGACCAGCUCUCCCGCUCGCUCACCUCGCUCUCCGGCUCCGCUCAGGACGUCAUGACCUGGCUCAGCGCCGCCCUCACCAACCAUGAUACCUGCUCCGAGGGCCUCGGGGAGGUAAGCGGCUACGUCAAGGAGCAGAUGGAGGAGCGCCUGAUGGACUUGGCCGAGCUGGCCAGCAAUUGCCUGGCGAUUUACGCCGCCGCCAAUGGGGACGACGAUUUCGCCGGCGUUCCAAUUCAGAAUCGCCGCAGGCGGAGGCUGAUGGAAUGGCCGGAGGGGUUCCCGGAGUGGUUGAGCCGGAGGGACCGAGUAUUGCUCCAGACGCCGGCGCCAACGAUUCGGGCCGAUAUAGUGGUGGCGAAAGACGGGACAGGAACGGUCACGACAAUCGCCGAGGCGAUCAAGAAGGCACCGGAGCAUAGCGAUCGCCGGUUCAUUAUCCACGUCAAGGCUGGCAAGUACGAAGAGGAUAAUUUGAAGGUGGGGAGAAAGAAGACGAAUUUGAUGUUUAUGGGCGACGGGAAGGGCAAAACGGUCAUCAGCGGCGGCAAAAGCGUGGCCGAUAAAGUAACAACUUUCCACACUGCAUCUUUCGCGGCAACCGGCACCGGGUUCAUUGCUAGGGACAUGACAUUCGAGAACUAUGCCGGCCCCAGCAAGCAUCAAGCGGUGGCGCUCCGGGUGGGUGCCGACCACGGCGUCGUCUACCGCUGCAGCAUCAUCGGAUACCAGGACACCCUCUACGUCCACUCCCAGCGCCAAUUCUACCGCGAAAACGACAUCUACGGCACCGUAGACUUCAUCUUCGGAAACGCCGCCGUCGUCUUCCAGAGCUGCAACCUCUUCUCCAGAAAGCCCAUGCCCUCCCAAAAAAACACCAUCACCGCCCAAAACAGGAAAGACCCCAAUCAAAACACCGGCAUAUCGAUCCACGGCUGCAAAAUCCUGGCCACCUCCGACCUCCAGGCCUCGAAAGCCAGCUUUCCCACCUACCUCGGCCGCCCAUGGAAGAUGUACUCACGAACAGUUUACAUGUUGUCGUCGCUUGGAGAUCACAUCCACCCGAGAGGGUGGCUCGAAUGGAACGGAGGGUUUGCCCUUGAUACGUUAUACUAUGGGGAGUACAUGAACAGUGGUCCGGGGGCCGCGCUGGGGCAGCGCGUGCGGUGGCCUGGCUACCACAUCAUCAAGUCCGAGACGGAGGCGGCCAAGUUCACGGUGGCGCAAUUUAUUUACGGGUCGUCGUGGUUGCCGGCCACCGGGGUGGCCUUCGUGGCCGGCCUCUCACCUUAAUAAAUAGUUUUUGCUUGCUUUUAAGGUGUUAUUAUAUAUAAUAUAUAAUAUAUAGAGAUGAUUAGUUCUCCAAAUCCAAAUUAAGUGGGAUGAUGGAGAAAUGUGUCUAAUUCUCAUUUUCACCAUAUAUAUUUAUAUAUGAAUAUAUGUGGAGCUACAAUCAUGCACAAUCUUGUCUUGUAAUAUUCUUUCCUUGGUGUAAUAAUUUUUAAGUGCUUCUUCUUCUU